GCUGUCACCUGCAGUGCUCCUUUUACUCCAAAGGUGCCUUCGAUGCGUGCGCGCGCGCGGGCGUUACGUCACGUCUUCUCGUGACGACAUCGCGCAGCACGCUGACGCCCAAAGGUUACCAAAGCAACCAGGAACUAACGAAAGGAGGCGAUAUGGCUGAGGUCGAGGACACCCUGAAGAGGAUUCAGUCCAUUAAUGGUGUUAUUGGCACAAUCGUCGUUAACGCAGAAGGCAUUCCCAUCAGAAGCACUCUAGACAACUCUACAAGCGUGCAGUACGCAGGUCUGCUGCAUCAGCUGACCAUGAAAGCCCGGGGUACAGUCAGAGACAUCGACCCCCAGAACGACCUGAGCUUUCUGCGCAUCAGGUCCAAGAAACACGAGAUCAUGGUGUCGACAGGAGGACUGUGAUGAGUUUAGAUCUGACAGCUGCUCUGAGAACAGGGGUGAAAUAUGCUUCCGAAAUCAUCCAGUGAAACUCUUUCCUUCCCAACAAGAAUGACAGGAUAACACAAACGCAGCAUCCUCAAAGCCAAGCAGACGAUGCAGUGCUUCUUCCCAGAGGUCAGAGUCAGCAGCUGAAGCUGGAUUUGACCUGUAGUUUAGUCAUCACAAGCAGUGGCCAUCAGGCUAAUCACUUUAUUACACCUAUAGAGUACGUGAAGCAGCUCGUAUGCUGGAGCUCUGUCUGACAGCUGUCAUGUCGAUAUCGUCAGGGUCUGUCUAGCAGCUGUCAUGUUUACUCCAGCACCUCAGUCUGAUGCUCACUGAACACUCACUCGUGGACCAUAUGGACCCGGACAAGAAGAAGAAGUCCUUCACACACUUUAUGUGCUUUCAUACUGUGUCAUAUCAGGUUGAUUCUCUAAUGAAUCGUGUUUACAGUGUCAUGUUGAAUAUUGUGCUGAAUAUUUCAUGUUUUUUUUCUUGUCCAGUGUUAUCCUAUGCUGUUGUAUCACUGUGAUCUUCGGCCUGGUUUGAUAUCAUAAUUCACUCCAAAAUCUGAAGAAGAAAAAAAAAAAUUAUAUUAUGCCUACAGAAAGUUAAGC